GCUCCCUCCAGCGUGGUCCCUAUUUUAACAUCCUAAAAUCUAGCUGUGCAACAUUUAUGGCUUUAGAUGUUGCCAUCUUUUAAGAACCUUUUUAAGGUUAAAGUGCUUUUUAAAUUUAUAUUACAUGAGAUCUGGAACAUCCACAUAGUGUCUGAAUUUAAUGUGUGUUGCCUCCAGGUACAUAGCAGCCUGUAUUUAAUGGCUGCAUGUGGUCACAGGGGUUGUACCUAAAUUUGCCUGACCACAAAGCUGAGCUGUCAAGCAUCUGGCUUUCGAACGGGGUGUGUGUACACGACUUCAUAUGCUUGUCAUGAAGGGGAGGCAAACAUGAGCACGAGAGAGACUUGACCUGGAUCAGAGUGAAACAAGCCUGGAACCACCAGAUCUCUUGAAGACCUGAAGAACUUUGAGGGAACUCCUUUUAAGAGCUUAUGUACUGCAGACUUCAAUAAAAACUGGAUAUCUGUUGUAAUAAAAGAUCACUCAAAAACGUUCUUGCCGUUGGGAACUUGAACCUCGUUGUUGACGCUUGACGCAAUCGACAAAAUGAUUGGUACAAGGUGUGUUCCAGACUCAGUCCCCCUCAGUGGAUGUCUUUUGCUAUGGCGAAGCGUGAGACCGACAGCACGAGUCCAGUGGUGCAGCAGAUAGACAAGCAGUUCCUGGUGUGUAGCAUCUGCCUGGAUCACUACCACAACCCCAAAGUGCUGCCCUGCCUGCACACCUUCUGUGAACGGUGCUUACAGAACUACAUCCCUCCACAGUCGCUGACGCUGUCCUGCCCGGUGUGCCGACAGACCUCCAUUCUACCCGAGAAGGGCGUGGCGGCGCUGCAGAAUAACUUCUUCAUCACCAACCUGAUGGAGGUACUGCAGAGAGAUCCCGAAUGUUCCCGUCCUGAGGCCUGCAGCAUGCUGGAGUCGGUCAGCGCUGCUGCUGCUGGGAAACCCCUGUCAUGCCCCAAUCACCAGGGCACGGUGAUGGAGUUUUACUGCGAAUCAUGUGAAACGGCUAUGUGUUUGGACUGCACGGAGGGGGAGCACAGAGAGCAUGUCACUGUGCCGCUGAGGGAUGUUCUGGAGCAGCACAAAGCAGCCCUGAAAAGCCAGCUGGAUGCCAUCCGCAACAGACUGCCGCAGUUGGCGGCGGCCAUCGAGCUGGUGAGCGAGAUCUCCAGACAGCUCAUGGAGCGGAAGAACGAAGCAGUGAACGAGAUCAGCGGAGCGUUUGAGGAGCUGGAGCGGGCGCUGCAUCAGCGGAAGGCUGCCCUCAUUGCCGACCUGGACAAUAUUUGCAGCUCUAAGCAGAAGGUGCUGCAGGCCCAGCUGGCUGCGCUGCAGCAGGGCCGGGAGAACAUCCAGACCAGCUGCAGCUUCACGGAGCAGGCGCUGAGCCACGGCAGCGCCGCCGAGGUGCUGCUGGUGCAGAAGCAGAUGGGCGAGCGCGUGGGCGCCCUCGCCCGCCACGACUUCCCCGAGCGGCCGCACGAGAACGCCCACUUACAGUGCCAGGUGGAGACUGAGGGUCUGCGACGCUCCAUCCAGAACCUGGGCGCGCUGCUCACCACCAGCGCCGUGAGCCACACCAGCGUGGCCACGGGCGAGGGCCUCCGGCACGCCGUGGUGGGCCAGCCUGUCGCUGUCACCGUCACCACCAAGGACCGGGACGGCGAGCUGGUGCGCACGGGUAAUGCGGCGCUGCGCGCGGAGAUCACACCGGCCGACGGCGGGCGGGCGGCUGACGUGGAGGUGGCUGACAACAAAAAUGGCACGUAUGAGGUGGGCUACACGCUCCGCUCUGAGGGCGAGUACUCCUUCGCCCUGCUGCUGUACGGGCAGCCCGUGAGGGGAAGCCCCUUUCGCCUGCGCGCCAUCAAGCCCUCCGACGUGCCCCAGUCGCCUGACGAUGUGAAGAGGAGGGUGAAGUCGCCCAGCGGGACCGGAGGGCACAUCAGACAGAAGGCUGUACGCAGGCCUUCCAGCAUGUACAGCACUACCAAGAAGAAGGAGAACCCCAUUGAGGACGAGCUCAUCUACAGAGUAGGCACGAGAGGGCGGGAGAAAGGCGAGUUCACUAAUCUCCAAGGCAUCUCCACCUCCAGCAACGGGAGAGUGGUGGUGGCAGACAGCAACAACCAGUGCAUACAGGUAUUUACUAAUGAUGGGCAGUUCAAACUGAGGUUUGGCGUCCGAGGACGCUCACCAGGCCAGAUGCAGAGGCCUACGGGGGUGACCGUGGACACGAACGGGGACAUCAUCGUAGCGGACUAUGACAACCGCUGGAUAAGCAUCUUCUCUCCGGAUGGGAAGUUUAAGAAUAAGAUCGGGGCAGGCAGGUUGAUGGGACCGAAGGGCGUGGCUAUGGACCGCAAUGGCCACAUCAUUGCAGUGGACAACAAGGCAUGCUGCGUCUUCAUCUUCCAGUCCAACGGCAAACUGGUCACAAAGUUUGGCGCCAGGGGCACCUCGGACAGACAGUUUGCAGAAAAAAGUGGUGCAAACUUUGCACUGGAGCAAAAGCUUAGUAAAUCUGGCCCUGGGUUCAGUCCACACUUUGUGGCUGUCAACAACAAGAAUGAAAUCAUAGUGACAGACUUCCAUAACCACUCUGUUAAAGUGUUCAGCGCAGAUGGGGAGUUCCUUUUCAAAUUUGGUUCCCAUGGCGAAGGCAACGGACAGUUCAAUGCCCCCACGGGCGUGGCUGUGGAUGCUAACGGCAAUGUUAUUGUCGCAGACUGGGGCAACAGCAGGAUACAGGUGUUCGACAGCUCAGGAUCCUUCCUGUCCUACAUCAACACUUCUGCAGACCCACUGUAUGGGCCCCAGGGCCUGGCCCUCACCUCUGACGGCCAUGUGGUGGUGGCUGACUCUGGGAACCACUGCUUCAAAGUGUACCGCUACCUGCAGUAGCAGUGGUGGCGCCCUAGAGCCGCCCCGGCUGGCUGCCUGCUUUCCUGCUUUCCCACACUCCGGAUGUCGCAUUUGCACACGCGGUUCAGCUCUGAGCCGCAACCGAACCAUAUUGGACGAACGGAAAGUGUGAGAGCGCUUUCCUUUCAUGUGCCCCAAAAAAGAAAAGGAAAAAAGAUGGUGAACUCUUUUUAAUUGAAACAAUUGAUCCAGACCAUAUGAUUUUGUAAAGGGGGUUGGGGAUAGUCCUAUCAAUAAGCACAGAUGCUCUCCAGUAAUCAUUUAUCUCUCACUCAGUUGGUAAAAGAAAACUGCAUACAAUUUGUGUUUCACGGAGCAACACUUUUGUUUGCUGGCUUCUUUCUUUUAAAACCAGUGUCUUAACCUUA